CGCCUUGUCGCUAUGUGACUACUCGACAGCACUUAUGGCCAGUUUGCGUUUGAACGAUACUAAAUUAAUACAACAGACUAUGGAAAGCACAGAACUGAACCAAGUUGCACUUGUCGUACAAGCACUGCCCAUCAACUACGCGGAAAAGUUAUUGAAAUGGAUGGCAGAUGGACAGGUGGUGGCCAACUCACCACAUGUACACUUUUACAUGAUCUGGUUGCGACAUAUCCUAAAUGUGCAUGGGAUGCGCUUAAAAGGAAGAACAGAUGUAGCUAUACUUACUGGAAUACAGCAGAUAGUAGCGCAUCAUACCCAGUUGAUAUCAAAGUUGGCUGAUCAAAACAAGUUUGCAUUGCGGUACAUCCUAGCUGCACGUAAACAGAAAGCAAAUCGGAAUGUGGAGAGCAUGGAAUGUUGAUU